AUGCACAACGAGAGCUUCUCGGAGCCGGGGCCCGCCAACGCGUCGUGCCCGGGGCCCGCGCUGGGCUGCCCCAACGCGUCGAGCCUGCCGCCGCCGCUGCCGCCGCCGCUGGCCGUGGCCGUGCCCGUCGUCUACGCGGUGAUCUGCGCGGUGGGGCUGGCUGGCAACUCCGCAGUGCUGUACGUGCUGCUGCGGGCGCCCCGCACGAAGACCGUCACCAACCUGUUCAUCCUCAACCUGGCCAUCGCCGACGAGCUCUUCACGCUCGUGCUGCCCGUCAACAUCGCCGACUUCCUGCUGCAGCGGUGGCCCUUCGGGGAGCUCAUGUGUAAGCUCAUCGUGGCCAUCGACCAGUACAACACGUUCUCCAGCCUCUACUUCCUCACGGUCAUGAGCGCCGACCGCUACCUGGUGGUGCUGGCCACGGCCGAGUCGCGCCGGGUGGCCGGCCGCACGUACCGCGCGGCGCGCGCCGUGAGCCUGGCCGUGUGGGGGCUCGUGACGCUGGUCGUGCUGCCCUUCGCCGUCUUCGCCCGGCUCGACGACGAGCAGGGCCGGCGCCAGUGCGUGCUGGUCUUCCCGCAGCCCGAGGCCUUCUGGUGGCGGGCAAGCCGCCUCUACACGCUGGUGCUCGGCUUCGCCAUCCCCGUGUCCGCCAUCUGCGUCCUCUACGGCGUCCUGCUGUGCAGGCUGCGCGCCAUGCGGCUGGACAGCCACGCCAAGGCCCUGGACCGCGCGAAGAAGCGGGUGACGCUCUUGGUGGUGGUGAUCCUGGCGGUGUGCCUCCUCUGCUGGACGCCCUACCACCUGAGCACCGUGGUGGCGCUCACCACCGACCUCCCGCAGACGCCGCUCGUCAUCGCGGCCUCCUACUUCAUCACCAGCCUGAGCUACGCCAACAGCUGCCUCAACCCCUUCCUCUACGCCUUCCUGGACGACAGCUUCCGCAGGAGCCUCCGCCAGCUGCUGGCCUGCCGCGCUGCCGCCUGA